CUACACCAGCUAGGGCUCAAGUCAGUAGAAUUUUGAAGUAGAAAAGACAAAACUCAAAUCUUUUUUUUUAAUUUAAUUUAAAUUCUUUGUUGUUGAGAGCAUUACAUUUGUCUCCCUUUUCCUCUGUUGAUCCCUCUCCACCCACUCAAACUCAGAUCUUUUAAGUGAAGAAAUUGAGGCCAAAGAAAGUAAUUUGCUUAAAAUCACACAUAAUGUGUUAGUGCCAGUUUCUAGAGUAAAACCAUUUUUCACCUAAAAAAAUUUUUAAGUGUUCAUAUGUGGAUGAUACAAGGAGCCCUAUUGUAAAUUGUACCUGUACUACAACUCUCUAGCAUUACUAUUUGAUUGCAAACAAAUAGGUUUCUUUAAGGAAUGUAAAUAAAUAGUUAUAAUUCUGUUUAUUUAUUUGGAUAAUGCAUUUUUUUUUAACAUGAUGUGCGGGGUGUAGUCCAAUCCAGAGCUGUGCCAUGGCCGAGACUGAGGAAGAGGAGAAGGUGUCAACAGAAGCCUCAGGGUUCUCGGAUUUGAGUGACUCAGAAUUUCUGGAUCUGGAGGAUACCCAAGAGUUGAGUGAUUCACUUAGCAAGCCCGGCCCUUCUUCUGAACUCACCGGGAAGGAUGGCAAGCUCAUAAGUUUUCCAAAGUGGAAAAAGGGAUUGGAUGUCUUACCACCCAUGGAGCGAUUCCACCUUAAAUAUUUGUAUGUGACUGACCUGUCUACUCAAAACUGGUGUGAACAGCAAAUGGUAUAUGGAAAAGAACUUCCUGAUUCCUUGGAACCUGAGAAGGCAGCUAUUUUGGACACUGGUGCCAGUAUCCACCUAGCUAGAGAACUAGAACUUCAUGAUCUUGUGACUAUCUCUACCACCAGUAAAGAAGACGCGUGGGCAGUUAAGUUUCUGAAUAUGUUAUCAAUGAUUCCUACCCUGCAGUCAGAAGGGCGCAUCAGAGAGUUUCCAGUGUUCGGAGAAGUGGAGGGUGUGCUUCUUGUUGGAGUGAUUGAUGAGCUGCACUAUACACCCAAGGGGGAACUGGAACUGGUUGAACUCAAGACACGCAGACGCCCUAUGCUUCCUCUGGAUGCUCAGAAAAGAAAAGACUGUUUGCAAGUCAGCCUAUACAAGUAUAUCUUUGAUGCCAUGGUACAAGGGAAAGUGACCAGUGCUAGCCUAAUCCAUCACACAAAAUUGCAUCCAGAAAAGCCCCUGGGACCUUCAGUGUUGAGGCAUGCUCAGCAGGGAGGCUUCUCUGUGACGUCCUUGGGUGACCUCAUGGAGCUGGUCAUCUUGUCUCUAACAUUGUCUGACCUUCCAGUCAUUGAUAUUCUGAAGAUUGAGUAUAUGCACCAAGAGACUGCCACUGUGCUGGGUUCAGAGAUUGUGGCCUUUGAAGAGAAGGAGCUGAGAAGCAAAGUGCAGCACUAUAUGGCUUACUGGGUGGGCCACCGAGAGCCUCAAGGAGUUGAUGUGGAGGAGGCUUGGAAAUGCCGGACAUGCAGCUAUGCAGAUAUCUGUGAGUGGAGGAAGGGUGGUGGGGCGCACAGCUCUUCGCUAGAGCCCCAAGCCAAAAAAGCCAGAUGAACAGAAGGUAUGCCUUAAGGAACUCUCAUUCUUCCAGUCCUUGAUGUACUCAAAAAGUAAAAGGAGGCCAGUCUUUGGCUUUUAUAUUUUCUCAACCUCUAACCACUCAAAUCUAGGACCACUGCUUGGGUGAGUGGGAGAGAUCUGGGAUUAUACUGUACCUGGAGCUUCACCAUAGAUUACCAAGAAGACAGAUGCUCAUCAUGGCUGGAACAACAGUAUCCUUCAGCAAUCAUUGCUUUCCUAAGAAGAUUCUUCAGUUUCUAUUAAGUCUCUUCCCUAUUUUUUCUCAAUCAAGGCUUUCUGCAUUUUAUAUAAUAAAAUAAAACACUGUCCAGAUUGGUUAA